CGGUAGUUUAGUAAUACUGUAUUAAAAAAUAUUAGCGGUAUUGGGUAGUGUAGUAUAUACCGUUAUUUUAUAUUUUUGUUAUAAAUGUUAUAUUUGUUGUUGUUUAAUUAGAAAAAAUGCCACGUAUUACUUUUUUACAUCCGGAUUUGGGAAUCGGAGGAGCAGAACGAUUAGUUGUUGACGCAGCAUUAGCUUUAAAAAGAAAAGGUUAUGAGGUUAAUUUCGUGACAACUCAUCACGAUCGAGAACAUUGUUUCUCUGAAACUAAAGAUGGAACAAUUGCUAUCACAGUUGUGGGAGACUGGUUACCCAAGCAUAUUUUGGGUAGAUUCAUUGCCCUAUUUGCUUACAUUCGUAUGAUUUAUGCAGCUAUUUAUAUCAUACUUUGUGAACAUCGAUCACAAAUUGUUUUUUGUGACUUAGUUUCUGUAUGCAUUCCUAUACUUCGUCUACGAAUUCCAUACGUAAUAUACUAUUGCCAUUAUCCAGAUCAAUUACUUUCACAACCUGAAGGCAUUGGUAAACAAUUGUAUCGUAUACCCCUUAAUUAUUUAGAAGAAAUUACUACUGGAAUGGCACACAAAAUAUUUGUAAAUAGCAUGUACACACGUUCCGUAUUUAGGAACACUUUUAAGAGAUUACAUAUUGAACCAGAAGUUUUAUAUCCUUCUAUUAACACAGAUUUUUUUGAUAAAACUCGGGUAAUAUCCUUGGAAAGAGUACUCGAUAAAAAAUUACCAUUAGACAGUAUUAUACUCUUAUCUAUUAAUAGAUAUGAACGUAAGAAAAAGUUAGGAUUAGCAAUAGAGGCAUUAGCAGAACUUAAAAAGUACUUAAGCGACGAGGAAUACAAGAAGGUAUAUUUAAUUAUGGCUGGUGGCUAUGAUAAAAGAGUUGAAGAAAAUGUAGAACAUUAUUUGGAAUUAAUAGAACUUGCAGAUGAAUUACAUGUCUCAGACAAAAUAAUAUUCCUUCGUUCCCCUUCGGAUAUCGAUAAAGUAUCUCUUCUACAUCACUGUAAAAUUUUACUGUAUACACCACCAAAUGAACACUUUGGUAUUGUUCCACUUGAAGCAAUGUAUACAAGUAAACCAGUAAUUGCACAUAAUUCUGGUGGACCAAAAGAAUCUGUAAUAUCUGGUGUUACUGGGUUUUUAGUUGAUUUAUCUGGUGAUGCAUUUGCUUCAAAAAUAGCUUACUUAAUCAAAAAUGCAACAUAUAUAAAAGAAUUUGGUAAUGCUGGUAAGGAGAGAUUUGUGAAAACUUUUAGUUUUGCUGCAUUUAGUACUCAAUUAAGCGAAGUAAUUGAAAAUUUAAUUAGCAAUAACAAAUUAAAAUAAAAUUUAAAUUACCGAACUCCCAUAUAAUUGCUAAAGUUUUACCAAUUAUAUACUUUGUAUACAAUCAUAUAUCUGCUGUCUUCAUUUACGUAGUACAGAAAUUGUUUUAUGUAUA